GGACGGAGAUAUCAUGGCUUAAUCAGAUUCUUGGGUCCUAUUUGAUGUCCAGUAUUAAAAAAAUAUGUCCGGAUAUCCUGGUGCCCCUCCUUCCGCUUACCCAGGAGCCCCUGGCGCUCCCCCUGCAGGUUAUCCUGGUGCCCCUGGAGGAGGUUAUCCUGGAGCCCCAGGGGGUGGCUAUCCUGGAGCCUCUGGUGGAGGCUACCCCGGAGCCCCUGGUGCCCCUGGGGGAGGCUACCCCGGAGCCCCUGGUGCCCCUGGGGGAGGCUACCCUGGAGCCCCUGGUGGAGGUUACCCCGGAGCCUCUGGUGCCCCUGGGGGUGGUUACCCUGGUGGAGGUUACCAAGGCGGGGAAUUUCAAUCAGCCCCACAGGUUGAUCCCCAGGUUCAGCAGUGGUUUAAUGCUGUGGAUACAGAUCGGAGCGGACAGAUUGAUGCGCAGGAGCUGCAAAGAGCAUUGGUAAAUGGAAACUGGAGUAAGUUCAGCAUGGAAGCCUGCCGUAUGAUGAUAGAUAUGUUUGAUAAUGAUAAAACUGGGCAAAUUAGCGUUCAAGAGUUUGGUUCCCUUUACUCAUUCAUUAAUCAGUGGAAGGCAACAUUUGAAGCCUUGGACGCUGACAAAUCUGGAGUAAUCGACGCCGGAGAGUUUACUCAGGCACUGGAGCAGAUGGGAUACAGGUUCAGUCCCACUUUCAUCAACAAUAUUCUCAUCAAGUAUAAUCCUAAGGAGCGCCGACUCACUCUGGAUAACUUUAUUGUGGCCACUGUUCAGAUCAAGAGGUUAACUGAUUCCUUCAGGGCACGAGACACGCAGAUGCAAGGACAGGCCACUUUGGUCUAUGAGGACUUUGUUGGACUGGCUAUGGGAGCUCACAAGUAGUUUGCAGGCUUCAUGAUUUUUGUAUUAUUCAUGAAUCUCAAAAAAAAAUCAUAAGCUUUAUAUCUAUGCUUAAUGCUUAUAUUAAUAUUAUCUAUGGGUUGAACUCAAUGUUCCCAUUUGUCAAUGAAAUUUUUCUUUGUGCCAUGAAUUCUUGUUUUCAACUGGACUUCAUGGUGUAUAUUAUCAAUUGCAUCAUCUUUACACUUUUGAAAUGCGUAUGUAAUUAAUUUAUGUGUUCCAUCUAAAAAAAAUAAUCUUUUUAAAAUUUGCUGACUAAUAAAUUUUUAAAUUCA